AUGACACUCCAAAAAAUUUCGCAGUCUUAUUGGAGUCCCUUAGACCUGCGAGAAGAGAAAUGCGAUCUUGAUAAUCAAUUCUUCUUAUACACCUCUGUCUCUCCAGUGCAGAAGUUAUUGAGGAUAGUCGUUGAUGAUGUAGAUGAAAUAGAUCGCGCUGAUGAUCUAGAAGAAUUCGAUUCUGACUGUGAGCAUGGGAGCGAGGAAUCAGACUCUGACCGGGACUCGUGGAACGUUGACUACAAUGACUAUUCGAGUGGGGCUUCGGAUUCCGACCCAGAAAUAGAGCCUGAAUCAUCUGCAGCUCCUGUUGAAGCCAUUAGCAUCCAUCCUUCUGCGGAUUUUGGUACCGGGGAAAGCUCACUUAUGCCGGGUGGCUCAGAGAGUCCAGAACUAGACGAGAGUGUCAUUGCGAAGGCCAAUGAAAUAGCAACUGAGAUUUGUGCUCGGAGGUGCAUGAUUACCAAUGGAUUAAGUCGACUCUCGAUGAUGAAAACGAUCAAAGACAUUGUAACGACUCCCGUACAGAACCAUAAUAAGGCAGAUGGCAGAAGCAAAUACUUUUAUUUUCAAACCUACGAAUGCCACCCUAACCAUGACUCGCGAGGCCAAAAUCGCGUUCAAACCGCUCAUCAAGACUCCCCUCAAGACUCCUCUCAAGAUUCCCCUCAAGACCCUGGGCAGGAACAAAGGCAAAAGAAAAGGAGGCGCGUCUUUAAGAAGAGCCAAAAAGUCGGAUGUAGAGCCAAGCUUCUAGUCCACAACAUGAAAGACGAUAGUGGGGAUCCCGAAUUAGCAAUGAAGGAGGGAAAGAAGCAACUCCGUAUCACGUAUUACUAUAAGCAUACAGGCCAUGUCCUCGGUGAUCCUAAUGAUUUUCAGUAUCUCAACUCAGUGCUCCUAAUCGAUUCGAUACAACCGAAAUUGAAUGGGAUUGAAUGCAUUCGAUUCGGUUUCGGCUCAGGGUAA